AUGCAGCAUUUGAGGGCAUUCCACUCGCGUCUUCUUAAAGUCGAUCCUGACACGCAAAAGACUUCGAUUGCGGCGCUGACGAAGACUUACGGUGAUGACUCCGUGUUAUCAGCACUAGAUGAAGCAAAGAAAUGUGAUUAUGCGAAGAUUGACUUAGGUCACUGGGCGACAAUCGGGCGUCUUUGGAACAACUCGUCAUAUCUCACAAUUUGA